CAAAACCUGUUUGUUUUCAGACCUGAACUGUGUCGUAUUUGACUACAAUUGUGAAAUAGCAUUCGAGAUGAUGACCAGUCUGAUCGCCACCACUUGAAUAAUGCCGUAUACAAUCAGACACUUCCAUGCCUUCCAGCAGUUUGGAGCAGAAAUUCUAAGCUGGAACAUGCGAACAUUUGUCCUGUUUUGUGCUCUGGUGGAAGUUUUUGUAAGAUCGCAAACUCAAGAUGUAAAAGCUGCUCAGUAUUUCACUGAGACACCACCCUUCGAUUACUAUCAACGUAAAACGUUGGCAGAUUGCCCGACUCGUUUCUAUGCUGAUCUUGAUCGUUAUAAUGUUGCGUUUGCCUUCGGUGGAGAACGAGCCUUCCGUGGAGAAUUCCAACACAUGGUGGCAAUUGGGUGGACAACAGAAGAAGGUAUCAAAUAUUUAUGUGGAGGAACCUUGAUAACACCGAGCUAUGUUUUAACAGCGGCACACUGUGCGAUCAACGGCGAAGGGAAUGAACCGGAUACUGUUCGCCUCGGUGAUACUGACCUUAACAGCGCUGCGGAUGACGAUCUAGCACAGCAGAUAAAAAUUCGCAACUUCAAGAAACACCCACAGUAUCGACCAAGCAGAAAAUAUUUCGACAUUGCAUUAAUUGAGCUUGAACACCCGGCUGAGAAUUCCGAAGCCGUUUGUGAGGCCUGUUUGUGGUUGGAAAAAGAAACUCCUUCGGAAAUAUUAAGUGCCAUCGGUUUCGGUGCAUUGGGAUUCGGUGAAAAUUUGAGCCCCACGUUGCAGAAAGUGAAGUUGGCCACAAUAAAUCAUACAGAAUGCAUACCCCGCAUACCUACAAGUACGCGGGCAUUACCAAAUGGUCUUCUAAAAGAACAGUUUUGCGCCGGUAGCGAAACCAUGGAUACAUGCGAGGGAGACUCCGGUGGACCAAUUCAGACUGAAAAGCUGGACGUAAUCGGUUUACAAAUUCCAUUGAUAGUCGGUGUCGUUUCAUUCGGAACGCCUUGUACCGAAGGAUCUACUGGAGUAUACACCCGGGUGGCUUCCUACCGAAAAUGGAUAGAAAGUGAAACGAAUCAAACUUUUGGAUAUGUGGACUGCCUUCGAAACUCAAAAUGUUACGACAGAAAAAAACUUUCAACUGGCAUCAGUUUUACUCCCUCACAUCCAGCCUUUAGGAUUUCCCUUCGGUGGUUUGGAAGUAACCAUUCUCAGUACCGCUGUGGAGCAACUCUGAUCGAUUACCGUUUUGCCAUCACAUCUGCUUCGUGUAUCAGUGAAAAAUCCUCACUGCCUGGCUUCAUUGAGUCAGCACUAAGUGCAGAGACGAUACGCGUAGACGAUGUUUACAUUCAUCCAAAUUACAGCGACGGGGCUAAGCCGGAAAACGACAUUGCCUUGGUCAAACUAGCUAUGUAUCUGAUUGGCAAAGAAGAAUUACUACCAGCUUGCCUUUGGCGAGAGUCAGAGAUCAAAGAGGAAUUCGGUAACAUGUAUUACUCAGCCUAUGCUAGUCAGUAUCAACUAGACGUCCGUACUCGAGAAGACCUAGAUUUUCAACUAACCAUUAAAAGAGAGAUAACCAACAAUGGACGAUGCGUUGAUCCUCUACAGCAGCGGCAAAAUCUUCUUUGUUCCAGCGGAAACAUUCCGCUUAUUCCAUCGGUUUGCAAGUUGGAUUACGGAGGACCAAUUUCAAACAGUGCAUAUUACCGCUUUCUACCGUAUCUCUAUGGCGUGGUAACGAAUCUUAGUUCAGGGUGCGGCGAUCAUUUGGUUGGAACCAGAGUUUACCCUCACAUAGACUGGAUUGAAAGUAUUGUUCUAGAUCACACCAACGAUCGAUUAGUGUUUUCAACGUGAUUUCCAAUCACCACUUGAGGAUAAUAAACCAUUAUGAUACUUACUAUUCUAUGAUAAAUUAAAUGAUUAGGAGUUGCUAAUGAAUAAACUCGAAUUAAUCUCCCUUUCUUAUUAAAAA